UUCCGAGCUCUCAACCAGCGCCUCUGGUUUAUCUUCUACACCCUUCCCGAAAACUCUUUCCCUGCUCUUGCUAGAAACCUUCACCAGCUCCCAUUCCCCAAGAACUGGCUAAUUCUACGGCAAGUCUGGACGCUGAUCCCAGCAACCAGAAGCUGGUUCUCACGCUAUAUGAGGCCUUAAGCUCCGGAGACUCCGACACCGUGGUCAAGCUCGUCGCGCCUGAUCUAGAGUGGUGGUUCCAUGGUCCGCCGUCCGACCAGUAUUUGAUGCGCAUGCUCACCGGCGAACCAUCCUCGGACACCUUCCGGUUCGUUCCCCAAUCUCUCGCCUCCUUUGGGCCUAUCGUCAUAGUUGAGGGCUGCGACAACAAUCGCUCGAUCUGGUGGAUUCACGCCUGGACCGUUACUGAUGGGAUAAUCACCCAAGUCAGGGAGUACUUCAACACUUCCCUCGCCGUCACCCGCGUCGGCGAUUCUAACUCUUCUCCGACGUCGGAGAUCACUGCCGUUGCGGCCAGGCAUCCUUGUCCCUUUGUGUGGGAAAGCAGCGUCUCGCAACAGGCCGGGAAAUCCGUGCCGGGACUCGUCCUGGCGAUAUAAAUCCGCGUCGUUGUCACGUGCAGUAAAUAAUAAUAAUAAUAAUAACAACAACAAUAAAGAAAAGACGGCACCGUGCAUACGUGUCUGUCUCUGGCUGGCUAGGUUUACGGACACUAUCUUCUGGUGCGUCGUGGACUGGGAGAGAUGUGAGACCUUCCCAGUUUCGCCGUUGUUUCGUGGGUGUGUUUUCGGGUGUUUGGGCGUCUCGUAGUUUUCUGGUAGUGUGAGGGUUGUUUGGAACGAAGAUGGGUAUAUCCCAGAUAUCGUAUCCGUACGAAAAUAUAAUCUGGUAUUUUGAUGGUCCAUUAAUAAAAUGUGCGCGUGGUUGUUUUACUAA